AUGAAUUUUUACAGGAAUAAAAAAAUUUUAAUUACAGGUGGAUCUAAAGGAAUUGGUAAAGAGAUUGUUGAAAUGUUAUUAAGAUCAAAUGCCAAGGUUUAUUCAAUAUCUAGAACAACUUCAGGGAUUAAAAAUGUAAGAUUUACUGAAAUUUUAAUGGAUUUAACUGAUAUUAAAACUAAAUCACUUGAUUUACUUAAAGAUUGGAAAGAGAUUGAAUUUGAUGUGCUUAUUAACAAUGUUGGUAGCAAUCCUGGUAUGAAAAAAUUUGAAGAACAUUCAAUGGAAGACAUUGAAAAACAUUUGUUUUUGAAUGUAACUGUAAAUUUAUUUACUAUGAAACUUUUUAAGUUUAAGAAGGUUGUUUUUAUUAAUUCUGUUUUGUCAAUGACAGGUGUUCCUCUUAAUUCUAUUUAUUGUGCCUCAAAAUCAUUUAUUUUUACUUUGAAUGAAAGUUUAAGAAGAGAAGGUGUAGAUACAUUAAUAAUAUGCCCAUACAAAGUUAAUACAGAGUUGUUUUCUGAAGUUAAUGAUUUUAUGGUUCAAGAUAAAAAGAAUGUUGCUCUUGAAGUUGUCACAGGUAUUGAGGCAAACUCUAAAACAAAAUAUCUUCCUAGUAUAAUGAGAAUAUAUCCAUUCAUUGAUUCAAUCAUACCAGUGUGUCUUUUAGAUAGACUUGUUAAUUGGAUAUUUUCUAAAAUUGUUAAACCUAAAAAUGAUUAA